AUGUACAACGUGCAGGUCUGGGAUGCCCAGAAGGACCUCGCCCGCAUCAAUCUGCGACCACAGAGUAGCUCCGCCGCUACCAACACAAACACCAACACGGACGCGGAGUCCUACACCUCCGUCGGCCAGCUGGCAGGCGGCUACUCCCUGCACGACCUGGGCUUGAUGCACUACUUCACACUGCACAGCAGCCAGACCCUGGACGCCAUCAACAGUGUGCAGUAUCACCACAUCUGGCAGCACGAUGUGCCCAUGCUCGCACAGAGCAAUGCCUUCCUCAUGCAUGCACUGCUGUCCUUCGCGGCAGCACACCGCUCUACCACUCUGGGACCGACCAGUAUGCAGGAUCUCCAGUCAUCACGAUCCCACUACGGCAAGGCAUUGGAGAAUUUUCGACAGGCAGUAACCACAGUCACAGCCCAGCAGGCUGACGCAAUGAUGUGCUUUUGUACCCUAAUCAGUUUCAUAACCUUACGCUUCGACACCGUGCAACCUUCUGCUGGCCAGGAUUCCAUCGAUGCAUUCAUCAACUUGCUCAGAGUCUUACAGAGCUCCAUUGGCGUGCUCACCUCUAUCAAACGACAUCUUCAGCUUAGCGUCGUUGGUGGUUUGCUAGCGCACACUCGUCAGAACCAGCAGCACCAGAUAUCUUCCGUGGUUGCCACCUCACUCGGAUCACUUGAGCGCCUUGUCUUGACACGACAUGUCGAGUUUGGUCUCACUGCUAGCGCAAGUGCAGCAAUACAUGAUUGCCUUGGGAAAUUGCGCCAGUUCUACACCAUGACCAACCCACGACCAACCUCGUGGGCCCAUCUAUUAUCAUGGCCAAUUCAAGUUGGACAGUCAAAGCAUGCAGCAGAAUUUCUGUCUUUACUGGAAAGACGCAACGCCGUUGCCUUAUGCCUAGUUGCACACUGGACUGUGGCAGCUGUGCAUGCACCACAAAAGUGGUAUGUCGGAGACUGGCCCAACCGUCUGCUCCUCGCCAUCAGACGACAGACACAUGGUAUUGGACUCGACGAUGUCAUGAGAUGGCCACUUCGUGAGACGGUCGGCACAUUUGCUUGA